GCCGGAAGCUUUCGGAUAACAACUUCCGCUCGGGAAGUUUGUGAAAGUCUGGGGUACCGGCGCGGCGUAGUGGAUGCAGCAUCCUAGUUGAGGACGCCCGGCUGGUUUGUCAGGACCCGGUUGCGUAUCCUCUUGAAGCUGAUUUCUCCCUGGCUGACCCCGUCCACGAUCGUGACCUCAGUUAUCCCUCAUAGACACUUUCCACACCUGUGUCUCCAGCCCGCACCGCUCCGAUGAGACCCAAGCGCGUAGACUUGGUUCAUAACACCCAAAGCUCCCCGGCCCCAGGCUGAGCUCCUGUAAUCUCCACACCCCACCCUCUGGUCCUCCCAGGCAUUCCACCGCGAAGGGGAGGAGGCAGAAACCCGAGAUUCACUUCUUCCCCUUUCCUGCCCACGCCCAGCCACACAGUCACUGGUGCAUUAGCUCCAUAACUGAACCAUUUGCCUCCUUGCUAUUCCCACCCUGUAAGUCCCAAUCCUGGCCAUCUUCCUCUCUCACCUGAACGCCUCCCUGUCUUCUCCCCACCCCAUCCGGUUUUGCUGCUUUCUUAUUUGUUCAUCAUAGAGGAUCUUUUUAAAAAUAUAGCUUAGCCAGGCGAGGUGGCUCCCGCCUGUAAUCUCAGCUCUUGGGAGGCCGAGGCAGGUGGAUCACUUGAGUCCAGGAGUUCUAGACCAGCUUGGCCAGCAUGGUGAAACCCUGUCUCCACAAAAAAUACAAAAAUUAGCCGGGUGUGGUGGUGCGCGCCUGUAAUCCCAGUUACUCUGGGGAGGCUGAGGCGAGAGAAUCGUUUGAACCCAAGAAGAGGCAGAGGUUGCAGUGAGCAGAGAUCGCGCCACUGCACUCCAGCCUGGGCAACAGAGCGAGACUCCAUCUUACUAAAAAAAAAAAAAAAAAGGUAGCUUAGACUAGAUGCUGUGGCUGACGCCUGUAACCCCAGCACUUUGGGAGGCUGAGGCCAGAGGAUCUCUUGAGGCCAGGAGUUUGAGAUCAGUCUGGGCAACAUAGUGAGACCCCAUCUCUGCAAAAAAAUUAAAACAAUUGCAGGGCAUGGUGGCACAUGCGCUUUUGGUCCCAGCUACUGGGGAGACUGAGGUAGGAGGAUCACUUGAGCCCAGGAGGUGGAGGCUGCAGUGAGCUGUGAUUGCACUACUGCACUCCAGCCUGGGUGACAGAGCAAGACCCUGCCUCAGAGAAAAAAAAAUCCUGUGUUAAUUUGCCUGGGGGAAAAAAAGUAGCUAUGACAAUGUCCUUCUGUUCUCCUGUAUUAAACUUUGUUGCAUUACACAUGAAACCAUGGCUCAGGAUGCCUUGAGGAAUCUGGCCUUAGCCUCUUUCCUGGCCUAUCUCACGGUUCUUCCUGACUCUGCUUUCCAGGCUGGGAAGCCCAGCCCAGGUGGUAGUGCAAACACAGCUGUUGAGCUGAGGGGAGCAGGUGUUUUUUUUUUGUUGAGACAGUCUCGCUUUGUCACCCAGGCUGAAGUGCAGUGGCAUAAUCUCGGCUCACUGCAACCUCCGCCUCCCGGGUUCAAGCAGUUCUCCUGCUUCAGCCUCCCGAGUAGCCUGGCUAAUUUUUUGCAUUUGUAGUAGAGACAGGGUUUCACCAUGUUAGCCAGGCUGGUCUCGAACUCCUGACCUCAGGUGAUCCACCUGCCUCGGCCUCCCAAAGUGCUGGGAUUACAGGCGUGAGCCACCGCGAAUGGCCGGGAGCUGUUGUUUUUAUCACUGUGGUCAUUGCUACUUGCUAGAGGAACUCAGCAAGGUGUUUUGAUUGGAAAACACCACCCAUGACCCAUGUGCUCAGUGUGCCUUUUCAUGUUUUUAUAGACUGUUGUAUAACUUUGGUUGAAGUGUCUGUUCUAAUAUUUUUCCUGGUUUAAAUUUUAUUUCUCUUUUUUAUUGAUUUGUAGGAGUUACAAUCUUUAUAUAAGUCCUUUGUCAGAUACAUGUAUUGGGAAUAUUUUCUCUUAGUCUGUGGCUUACCUUUGUGUCUCUUUUUUAAAAAAAAUUAAACAAUAGAGAUAGAGGUCUCCCUAUGUUGCCCAGGCUGGUCUCAAACUCCUGGCCUCAAGCAAUCCCCCUGCCUUAGCCUCCCAAAGUGUUGGGAUUACAGGCGUGAGCCACUGCACCCAGUCUCCUUUUUUUUUUUUUUCUUAACUGCCUUGGUAAACAAAAAUUUUUAAUUCUGAUAAAUCCAAUUUUUGAUUUUUUUUUUUUUUUUGAGAUGGAGUUUUGCUUUUGUUGCCCAGGCUGGAGUGCAAUGGCACGAUAUCGGCUCAUUGCAACUUCUGCCUUCUGGGUUCAAGUGAGUCUCCUGCCUCAGCCUCCCGAGUAGCUGGGAUGACAGGCAAGCGCCACCACACCUGGCUAAUUUUGUACUUUUAGUAGAGAUGGGGUUUCUCUAUGUUGGCCGGGCUGGUCUCAAACUCCUGACCUCAGGUGGGUGGAUCACGAGGUCAGGAGAUCAAGACCAUCCUGGCUAACACAGUGAAACCCCAUCUCUACUAAAAAUACAAAAAAUUAGCUGGGCACGGUCGUGCGCACCUUUAGGCCCAGCUACUCGGAAGGCUGAGGCAGGAGAAUCGCUUGAACCUGGGAGGCGGAGGUUGCAGUGACCCAAGAUCGUGCCACCACUCCAGCCUGGUGACAGAGCAAGACUCCAUCUCAAAAAAGAAAAAAAAAAGAAAGAAAAGAAACUUGGAUUCAUUGACACUAGGAGAGUAGUGGCUGUUGUAGGAAAUAGACUAGAUUCUCUUAGUCCACUAGAGCUGCUGUAACCACAUAUGACACAGUGGGCGGUUUACAUACGUGCGCUUCCUCUGUUCUGAAGGCUGACGUCCAAGAUCACAGUGCUGCGGAUCUGGUUUCUGGCGGGGGCCGCUGUCGUGCUGUGUUCACGCGUGUGUGGGGAGGGAGCCGGGGGGCUCUCUGGAGUUUCCUGUGAGGACCAGGCCCAUGGGUCAGGGCCCCUCCCUUCUGACCUCACUUAACCUUAAUGUCUUCCACAGAGGCCCGUCUCCAGACACAGCCCCUCGGGGCUCCAGGCUUCAGUGAAUGGAUUUAGGGGACACAAACAAUCAGUCCACAGCAGGGCCACCCCCAUCCCCCCUUCCCACCCAGACCUGUGGGCUGAGCCUUCUUUUUCUUGGGAAUGGCCACUUCGGGAGCUGUGUGUGUUGCAGGAGCUGGUGACCUUCAGGGACGUGGCCAUCUACUUCUCAAGGGAGGAGUGGGCAUGUCUGGAACCCAGCCAGAGGGCCCUCUACCGGGACGUGAUGCUGGACAACUUCAGCAGUGUGGCUGCUCUGGGAUUUUGCAGCCCCAGACCAGACCUGGUCUCUCGCCUGGAACAGUGGGAGGAGCCGUGGGUUGAAGACCAGGAGAGACCUGAGCUCCAGGCAGUGCAGAGGGGGCCCCGGCCAGGGGCAAGGAAGUCUGCAGACCCCAAGAGACACUGUGAUCAUCCAGCUUGGGCUCACAAGAAAGCCCACAUGCGGCGAGAAAGAGCCAGGGAAGGAAGCAGCUUUAGGAAGGGCUUCAGGCUGGACACGGAUGACGGGCAGCUUCCCAGAGCUGCUUCAGAAAGGACAGACGCCAAGCCCACGGCUUUCCCGCGUCAGAUGCUCACGCAGUGUUGUGGGCGGAGGCCGGGCCGCAGAGAGCGCCGGAAGCAGCGCGCGGUAGAGCUGUCGUUCAUCUGCGGCACGUGCGGGAAGGCGCUCAGCUGCCACAGCCGGCUGCUCGCUCACCAGACGGUGCACACGGGGACCAAGGCCUUCGAGUGCCCCGAGUGCGGCCAGACCUUCCGGUGGGCUUCAAACCUGCAGCGUCACCAGAAGAACCACACGCGCGAGAAGCCCUUCUGCUGCGAGGCGUGCGGGCAGGCGUUCAGCCUGAAGGACCGCCUGGCUCAGCACCGCAAGGUCCACACCGAGCACAGGCCCUACUCGUGUGGCGACUGUGGGAAAGCCUUCAAGCAGAAGUCCAACCUUCUCAGACACCAGCUGGUGCACACCGGGGAGCGGCCGUUCUACUGCGCGGACUGCGGCAAAGCCUUCCGGACCAAGGAGAACCUCAGCCACCACCAGAGGGUCCACAGCGGGGAGAAGCCCUACACCUGUGCCGAGUGCGGCAAGUCCUUCCGGUGGCCCAAGGGCUUCAGCAUCCACCGGAGGCUGCACCUGACAAAGAGGUUCUACGAGUGCGGCCACUGCGGGAAAGGCUUCCGCCACCUGGGGUUCUUCACGCGGCAUCAGAGAACUCACAGACACGGGGAGGUGUAGGGGCGCCUGAAGCGUAGGGUGCCGCGCCUCUGCGGGAGUACUGGGCCCUGAGGGAGAGCUGCAGUGAGAAGUUGCUCUUCAGCCUGGAAAAUCAACCUGAAAAGAAGCCUUCUCAGUCCUCAGAGCUCCCUACUCCCCCGAGAAGUUUUACUGGGAAAAUGCCAGGUGGGAGAAGCAGAUCCAUGGGUACGCUGGAGAUGGCCGGGGCUCUGGAGAUGGCGGGGGCUGUGCCCCAGCGCUGGGUACCCUGGGGAUGUGCUGAGAGCGUGUGCGACCCCGGAGCCACAUGCCAGGCCGGGCUCAGAGGCGGAGAAGCCUGCCCGGUGCCCACAGCUGUCUGGCUCAGGGACUCCACCCUGGCCCCGAGUCGCCGUCUGCUGGGCCUUUCCUUCCUGGCUUUGCACCCCAUGCUCGCUGCCCAGUAUGGCUUCCUUUCUUGUCUCUGUCUUGGGCGAGGCAGCUGUGAGCAUUGCACAGAGGCAAAGACCCUCCUGCAGCCUCUGCGCUGGGCCAUAGAAACAAGAGCCUUUGUAAUACUGAACCUUAUUCAAGGAUUAGGGAGUGGUGGUUGGGUCAGGGCCACCCCCAGUGUUGCAGGAACGGCCUCCACCCAGCUCUGUUGGUCAGAGCCCGGGUCACGCACCUGGAAUUGGGAGAUCAAGUUGGGUCUCAGAGCAGUGAGGUGGCCAUGUUCACCACAGGGCAUUUUGUGGGGGAAGAGGUGACCUCUUUGUUUUAAACUUAAGGUGUCUGCUUAUCCAGCCAGAAAUAAAAAUCUGCCAGUGGUGUUCCCAAGGGAACACCCCCGUGGGAAUGGAUCGGGACACUGCUGUGUUUCAGGUUAGCCGAUUAUUUUUGCUUUUGCCUGUUUAUCUUUAAGAAUUGCAGCCAGGCCAGGCGUGGUGGCUCACGCCUGAAAUCCCAGCUACUCGGGAGGCUGAGGCAGGAGAAUCGUUUGAAACCGGGAGGUGGAAGUUGUGGUGAGCCAAGGUUGCGCCAUUGCACUCCAGCCUGGGCAGUAAGAGUGAAAUUCCGUCUCAAAAAAUAAAGAAUUCCGGCCAACAGA